UAACUCUGAAUCCCGCCCCCCCCCCUCGCCUUUCACGCGCGAUAACACCAAAUUGUGAAUCAUACAACAAAUGAAAUGAUUAUAUAAAUAGCCAAAUCUCAUAUUCUCUCAAAACCUUUCUUUCUUUCUUUCUUCAAAUUUGAUAGAAAAAUAUUUCUAAAAAUUCUUAGGUUUCUCCUCAUUCACCUUUCUUUAAAAAAUAAAGAAUUAAAAAAGAGUCAUGGGAUUUUCUUACGGCGGCGCCGGAGUUAUCAUUGUUGGAGUUAUUCUGAAUGAUUUUAUCAGAACCGUUCGUUCUUUUCUUGAUCAUCCUCGUUUGUUUGGUGUUUACUGGUCGGAAUCUUCGGGGAGGAGGAGUACAAUCAGCUCCGGUACAAACAAGAUUCCGAUAGACGAUAUGCUCCCGGCGACAACAUUCGAGGAGAUGUCGUCAAGGGUGAAUCCGCCGCCGGAGAGCUGCCGGAUAUGUCAAGAAGAGUUCGACUGCGGCGAAGAAGUCCGGUGUUUGAGGAACUGCGUACAUGUAUAUCACAAGACGUGUAUUGACCGUUGGAUCCAAGACGAUAAGAUGACAUGUCCUUUGUGUCGGACCCCCAUCGUCCCUGAUUUCUAUUUUUUUCGUUUGUAAAAUUAGAGUAAAAAACUUAUAUGAAUGUUUCUAUUAAUUAAUAUCACUAAAGCGUUUUUUUGUUUUUGUUUUUUUAUAUAUUCUUCUUCAACAAAUACUGUAGAUAACAAAUCACUCUAAAUAAAAACUAUAUUUUUGUUUU